AUGGUUUUCCUGUAAAAUGUCAUGCUUCCACAAAGAGUCCCACUUUUGAAAUCUAAGAGAGUGACAAGUCUAUGAAUCAUUUGUCAUUAUGACAGCAGGUUAAAUUAUAGGUGGAGGGACCUGAAACUAAGACUGGACUCCGUUUCCUGUAUAAACUGGUUAGAAAAGAAGAGCAGAAGCUGGUUUCCGGGUGACUUACUCGAAAGAGAAAGCUGCGCCUUUCCAGACGUUCAGUAACUCAUUUUUUUUAUUUUUACAUUUUGCGAGGCUUGUGACUGUGAGCGCUAAGGAGAAGAAAGUCAGUUCACGCUUCAGUAAAGUCGGCAUAGUAAGAAAGGUUUAGUCUUGGUAGACAAAAUAAUAAACAUUUUAAUGGCAGCUGCAGAAUCAAAUCAAACAGAAACAGCAGGAGAUGCUUGUGAUGGGUUUUCUGACAAUAAGACAAGAGUAAUCGUGAGCAGUUUUAUAAUCGAGUCAGUCCAGACUGAAGACCCGAAUGUUCGUCUUGAGCCAGAAGAUUUAGGCAACAUUCCUGCAAAUAAUAAUGAUCAAGAUAUCAAACAAGUCGUUAAGCAGUUAAUUCAGAUUGCAAAUGAGCUAGAAACUAAUGUUGAACUGAAAAGGUUAAUUGACAAUGUUCCAGUUGAUUCCACACGGGAUGUCCUCCUCAAGGUUUAUAAGGGUGUUUUUUCUGAUGGAUUUAGUUUGGGAAAACUUGCUGUGAUAUUGUUCUUUGCCUCUAAGCUUGUUUUGAAGGCAGCCAUUCAGAAAUGCAGACAAGUGAUUUCAUCAAUAUUUUCCACAACUUCAAGUUUCAUUGAAACACAUGUACUGCCAUUCAUCCGUGAUCAAGGAGGAUGGGAAUCUCUGCCAUGGCAGAAUGUAGCAGCUGUCGCUGGCGUUGCUGCUAGUGCAGCAUUUGCUUUCUUACUAUCUUAAGAAGACCUUGCCUAUCAUCUCAUUUCUUCAAGCAAAACCUUUUGCACAGACCUUGUUGUGCUCAUAUCUCACCAAUACAGCAUAGCAAACGCUGACAUUGUUUACAUGUUUUGUAUGAAAUAUAAAGUGCUUCUUGUUAGUGCCCCUGUAGUUAGUUUCAGAAUUGGUCCUAUUUGCGAUGUCCUUCAUAAGGUAAUAUACUUUAUGAGAUUCAUUGUUAAAACCAUGUUAGGAUUUUGAAUUUUUUUUAUUUUUCAGAACAUUGCUUUAGAUUUUAACAUUACCAUAACUAGAAACAACAAUAAUGUCACUAUUUACAUUUAAAGCAACAUAGUUUCAGAUUUCGGAAGAGGCAGACAUAAUGUUUUAUGUUGUAUAUAUUUUGUUGUAUGGGGUGAUGUUGGGCUAUUACAAUAUGGAUGUUAAUGUGAUUUAUAAACUGGGAAGCUAAGACUGACUGAAAGUACUCAUUUAUUAUUUGGACUUCAAAUGCAUUGUUUGAACAAGUAAGAAUAACUUGCCCUCUGUCAGUGUGCCUAUUCAAAAUAGCUUCCAUAGCAAUCAACCCUACUCGGAGCUGAAAGCUGGAACUCAGCCCCAAAACUGUUUGAUAACCAAUAGUAAAUUUGAUUUAAUUUAAUUAAUUAAUUUAGUUUAAUUAAUUAAUUUAAUACAAUUUGUUUGAUUCCCUAUAUGUGCUUUAGAGUAACCAAGAACUGUUCGUAAGUUUGAUUACAACUACUGCUGUAUCCUGGAAGGCUUCAUUUAGCAUUAGCUUUGCAUUAUGGAAAGGCUUUCUGUUUUGCAUUAGUUUUAUAACAAAUCCUCGUUUUGUCAUAAAGGAUGUUUUCUUACUGUCAGCCAGAUCUAUAGAUCUUUUCUGCUAUGAGCAGAGAUAGCAGCACAGAAGACAUUUCAUUUGAACAUUCACAUGCUACAAAGUUAAUAAGGGAAUUAUACUGAGGGAGAGCAGACUUGGAAGUUUAUGGACAGAUGUUCAGUGCAGCAAUCCAACAAGUGUCUGUGCAUGCAAAAUUGUGGACAGUAAUAGUAGAUCCCCAAGGACUGGGAAAGACUGAAGUAGUUAGUCUAUACCCCCAAAAAAUACCCACUACCUGAUAUUCCUGACCUAACCAGGAAGUGUACAGCGAAGAUAUUUGAAUACUGUCUUGAUAUGUAGGCAUAAGACUGUAUAACACAGUUAGGAUUUGGAGUAAGCAUUGACAUUCAUGAUGCAACCAUAGUGUCAUCUCAUGUCAGACACCUGAGGGGCAUACCUCUAGCUGACUGGGUGCACUGCAGAAUGUAGGACAGCACUCUGCAUGGAAACAAUGAUUUGGGGUAGGUAGGAAUGUCAAUAUACAGAUAUAGCACAGUUGUACUACAAUAUAUACAAAUGGUUAUAACAUCUGGACCAUUGUGAAGGAGUAUGGUUCCCAUGUGGGGCUGUACAAUUCACCAACCACUAUGGGGGUAUGUCCGCACUGCAUAUGAGAUGCUUCAGUAGCUAUGAAGGAGCAGGCAGCAUAGUUUAUGCACCUGAGAGACUGCAUAGACCUCAUUACCCAUACUUCUGUGUUUGACUGAGUAAUCAUCUCAACACCCCUUCCAUAUGGACAGCAGAACCAUGGCUAGGUCAUCUGGAAUUAUGUGCAGUUCUCUAACCUGACACUACUCUCAACUUAAAGCUGAAGAGAAAAAAAAAAUCAAAAGAAUCAAGACAAAAAAAGAAAACUCUUCUCCUUUGAACUGUAUAGCUUACUAUAAAAAUAUCAGCCAUCUUGAUAACUGCAACACCACCCAAUGAGUGAUUCAUUGCUGAGGCCAUGACCAUAAAUGUAGCACCGGCAUUAAUUUAUUAAGUUGCUAUAUGCUUGUGACUUCAUAAAGCAAUGCUGACACUGCACUCCAUUACCAUCUUCUACCUGGGGCAGCUACCCUCUUUGCCCCACCCUAGUUAUGGCUCUGACUGACUGCACUAAUGUGACAUGUACUACUACAGGAUUAGAACAUAUGGUGUACAUGAGCUGGUACCCUCUACAGGAUUAGAACACAUGGUAUAGAUGGACUGAUACCCUGUGCACUACUCCCGUGGGAUUAGCCUUGCACUGUUGCCUCAGCACCAUGUGUUGGCAUUCAGCUCCAGAUAGAACAAGUGUAUGGCUUUGCACUGUCCCUGCAUGCUUAGGGACACUGUCUUUGGAACCUAACAAAGCCACACCAGUUGUUCCAUCCACUUCUAUAAUUAAAGGAUUUCUUAUAAAGCUACUUGUUAUACGUGUGGUAAACACUGAAAUGUGUUGGGCAAUUGUUUACAGUAUGGCACUUGCUAAAUGUUAUUUUAUAGGAUUCUCAUUGUUUUAAACAAUAAUUUAUAAAACAGGACUGAAAAUAUCACAGGGAGCUGACGUGGUCUUUUCAAGAGUUAUACUUAUAUGGGUCUACCUGUUGUUAUCGAAAACUCACUUCACUGAACUUCAAAAAAGCAGGACGGCUUGCUGAACACUUACAUUCAUGACCUCUCAGAUCACCAGAAUUUUACUUUGGGAAAGGAACCACUUGACCACCAUGGUGAACUUUGCCCUUUUCCCCACUAUAUUGUGAUCACAGAGUUGAUAUAUUUAGUUAAGGGGGGUGUGGGGACUGUAGCACCCCAUAUGGGGGUGUGGGUGGCGAAGUCCCAACUUGAGUGGACUUUGAUUUGCUUUGGUUUAUUUAUUUAGUCAUGGUGGCCAAGUAGUUAAUUUCUGGAGUAAAAUUCCAGUUAUCUGAGAGUCGUCCAGAUUUUUUGAAGUUCAGUAUAGUGGGUGUUCGAUAAUAAUAGGUAGACACAUAUGUGUAUGUGUGUGUGUGUGUGUAUAUAUAUAUAUAUAUAUAUAUAUAUAUAUAUAUAUAUAUAUAUAUAUAUAUGAGUCUACUUCUUCUUACCAAAUUUACACUUCUCCGAAUCGUAAAUUGAUGACACAACUUCACUGAAACUCCAAUCUGAAAGCAUGAACUACCAAACUUCUUUCCCUGACAAACGAACUACUUGCCCACAGGGUGAACUUUGCCCUUUUCACCAGUAUACUGUGAUCUCAGAAUUAGUAUAUUUAGUUAGGAGCAGUGUGGGGGUGAAGCCUCCACUUGGGUAGAUUUAAUUUCUUUCCAUUGACUUAUUUUACCUGGUGGCUAAGUGGCUCGUUUCCCAUGGAAAGAAGUUUGGUAGUCUGUGGUUUUGGAUGUGUUGUCAAUUUAUGAUUCAAAGAAGUGUAAAUUCGAUAUAUAUAUAUCGCAUGUCUAUUACUCCAAUCCUUCAUUUGCAGAGACUUUAAAGAAAGCAGCAUUUGUGGCAGCUGGACUUAACAUUAAGAAAUUGUAUAUUGUGGCACAUGUUGCAAGGCCUAUGUCUACACUUCAUUGUUUGAAAAACAGUGGAAAAUAUUGGAAAAAAGGGAUCAGACCUUUGCAGUAAACUAAAAAACAAAUAUGAGGAGUUACUUGAGGUCUUGUUACAUAAACUGCAGCUGACUGUAAAUGCAUGUGUAGUUUAAUCCAUGCCGUCAUCUUUCUGGGUUGUCCUCAUUACCAUACACUUUUGCAGUUCUUAAUGUUAAGCCAUUUACUAACCUGACAAACUUUUAUAAGUCGUUUUUAAGGAGACUGAGUUGUAAUAAAAAGGAACCUUAAUAAAAGUACAGUCAUGUUCAGCAUGUUUCUUCUACUUAAAAAAAAACUUAACAGUGAUUCAAAGAUUUUAUUUAUCAUAGAUGAAUAUUCUGCAAGCUUGGUCCGGUACUGGUGCCAGUUUCUACAGUUGUGAGGCUACACUUGAUUUGGCCAAUGUUUCCUUAAGCCCAUAGAAACCAAAGUUUUUAAGAUGCUCUGUGGGGCAAUACUGAACCGUUGUGUUGCAUUCUAAGUCCACAGCAUUUUAUUGCAUGGUGAGUCCACACAGUGACACAGUAUCCCUUUCUAUACGUUGUUAACUGUUCUAGUACUUUUUUCUGCCUCCAUGCCUGGGUCUUGACUGAAAAACAUCCACAAACCAUCUCGCCUCCUUGGGAACAAAUGAAAUGAAUCAAUAAGUGAAUAAAGGAAUAAAUAACUGAACAAUGAUUUAAAGCAUGUAAUGUAAGCCUUAAUGUUCGUGAAACAAGUAUGUGUUCGUAAUAAAAGUGCAGUGUGCCAAGUGAA